AUGGCCUGGACUGCUCUCCUGCUCAUGCUCCUCUUUCACUGCACAGAUAAUACAAGUCUUUCAUUGCAGGGUCCCUCUCCAGCCUGUGCUGACUCAGGAGUCCUUGGUCUCUGCAUCUCUUGGAACAGCAGCCAGACUCACCUGCACCCUGAAGAGUGGUAUCAGUGUUGGCAGCUACACAGGUACCAGCAGAAGACUGGCAACUCUCCCAAGUUUCUCCUUAGUUACCACACAAGUACACAGUUGGGAUCUGGAGUUUCUGAUCGCUUCUCUGGAUCCAAAGACACCUCGGCCAAUUCGGGACUCCUGCACAUCUCUGGGCUGCAGCCUGAGGAUGAGGCUGACUAUUACUGUCUGUGUACCCAGGCAUUUGCAUCUGGCCUGGCUGAGGGUGUGGUCGCCACUGUAGGGGACGUGGCCUCCUCAAAGGACAAGCACGGUAGGAAGACUUGCUACCCAUUCAAGAAGGAGGAGGUUAGAGUGCUCAAAAGAAUGCAUUACCACUGGAGACUCGAUGACUGGGGUGAAGGGGAGUGGGGGCAAGGGUCCAGUUCUCAGGCUGUGGUGACUCAGGAAACUUCACUGACUGUGAACCCAGGAGGGACAGUCCUUAUCACAUGUGCUUCCAGCACUGGAGCAGUCACUGAUGGUCACUAUCCACACUGGUUCCAGCAGAAGUCUGGUCAAGCCCCCAAAACAAUGAUUUAUGACACAAACAAAAAACACUCCUGGACUACAGCCAGGUUCUCAGGUUCCAUCCUUGGGGACAAAGCUGCCCUCACAAUCUCAGGGGUCCAAUCAGAGGAUGAGGCUGAAUACUAUUGUUGGCUGUUAUACAGUAAUGCUUGACACAAAUCCUCACUAGCCACAACUCCUGGAGGCACAGUUACACUCACCUGUGGCUCCAGUACUGGGGCUGUCACCACCAAUCACCUUGCCAGCUGGGUUCAACAGAAGCCCUACCAGAAACCCUGGGGUCUAAUGGGUGGAACCAGUAAUAGAUAUCCUGAUGUUCCUGCCCGAUUCUCUGGCUCCCUGCUUGGAAACAAGGCAGUCCUCACCAUCACUGGAGCCAAGGAAGAGGACGAGGCUGAGUAUUUCUGUGCUCUGUGGUUCAGCAAC